CCAGCUGGUUUAUCCUUGGUCUUAAAACGGACGCGCUGAAAUAGCGACAGGUAAACAGUCUGAUGUUCUGUAUGUGCCAUUGACAGCGUAGCAACUUCAAACACACAACUCCGUUAACAGACAAAAACAGAGACCAGUCUGCGUGAAAAAGAGAAAAGAAAGAGAAAGAAAAAUAAGAUCCUGCGUAUGCGUGAGCGUGUAGACGUCUCCACCACUGGAUUUAUCUAGAUUUUGUAAUCUUUGGAGAUCCUGUCAGCUGUUGUGUUGUGAGCCAGAGACAAUCAUGAUCCUCCUGACUCCAUCCUCUGGUAGGUACUUGUUUUGCAAUCUCAUGUCAUAAUCUGGAUUACUGUAUACCUGCACGGCCAUGGGUGCAAGAGAUUACAGGCAAAGUCUGCGUGGAUCAAAUUAGGAAGGAGAACAGCCACUGCUGUGCUGAGGGAGUUUUAAAAAUGCUUGUGAUAAAUAAACUGGGAUGGGUUUAUUGUUUUUUGUUUGUUGGAUAUGACAGUUGCUCAUGUUAGUAUACGGUGAAAUUACAUUACAGAUUCACAAACAACACCCAAAAGAAUGUAUAGGAGUAAAUGUUGUAUGACUGUUUGUGAUUAUUUAUAAUUAACUGCAAUUUAGUUGCCAUUUAUUUUUCACUAUGUCUCAUUAUCACAAAACAAAAUAAACAGGUUUAAAAUGUAAAUAAUUGAUCUUGUUCAGUUAGAUCACUUGAGAUUAUCCCUGUUAUGAAUAGUUUUCUUUGUUUAUAGUUUAGUCUGUAGUCGUUACCAGGUAACAUACCAGGGCAUUACAUAACAAGGGCCUUCCCAUCAUGCUUUGCACUCACGAGGCAGCAAUCCAGAAAUAAAGACUUGCUUGAAAUUGACAGUGUGUCUGGCUCUGGCUUUAUCGUCUUUUUUUAUUAGUGACCAAGGCAGUGCAUUAAGUAGUUAAGUUGAGUAAAACUUGACCGCAAGAGCUGCAACCCCACACACUUUUAUUUAUUUGGAGCUGCACGUGUUGCUUUGUAAUAGUAUUUAUUUACUGUGACAAAAGUGAAUGACCCUGAUUAUUCAUUUAGCAAACUUGGCAAUUACAUGAUUGUCAGAAAAAUGCAGCAUGCUAUCUGCAUUGACUGAUGUGUUUACCCAUGGAAAGUUUUCAGAUAGUAAUUCAAAUACCAGGUUGUACCUUGUGUUAAAGUCCAAAAUAAGAAGUAAAACGCAUGCUAUCAAGUAAAAGUGUAAGUUAUUGUUGGCUUUUUGCUGUGUCUCAUACGAUGUUUUCUUUCAGAUGAAGAGUCUGUUGAACUCGCCUGGCUUUGGAAUCACAGGAAGUUCAGGGUGAAAAACACUUGAAGGGUUGCUACUGCAACAUUUAAAAAAUAUUUAAAUUUUGCAGCUUUGUGGGGGCAGAGGCAGUUUUUGGCUGGAGCGAGGCAGUGUCAGCAGUCAUUCCAUCUUGCUGACCAAGAGGUAGUUUUUACUGUCCUUUACACUGGAAAUGUUGUCUUCAAAACAAAUAAACAAUAUCAAGUUAAUGUUGUGCACUUUGAGGAAACAGAAAGCUUAAUAAAACUUUUUCUGUAUAAUUUCAUGCAGUUUAAUAUCGUAAACUGCUUGUUAUAAAGAAAGGCAGACCAGGAGAGGUUGUAGAUUUAUUUGUAUGCCACGAUCACCCUUAAAGCCUUGGCUGCAGUGGUAUUAAUAGAUCUGAAUAGUUAGCUAUGUGAGUGCUGCUGCCACGUCCUUGUCUCAGGUCACUACGUUUGAUCAGAGUUAACAGGCUAAUUGAUCUCACGUCUGGUAUGUGUCAGUGCAGUAGGUCCAACUCACUCUCACUAUAGCCAAUGGUGUAUGUGGUAGUCCCCUAUAUUCAUACUGUUCCCCACACCAGUAUUUGUGUGUAUUUACCCCCUGAUUAAGAUCACAAUUGAGUGCACUUCACAUGCAUCCUCUUCAGACAUUGUAUCCUUUUUGACAUUUUUCCUUUUCUAAAUAUUAGCUAUAUAUAUGAAAGUUUACUGCAUGUCAUUGUGGCAGGUUUUUUUUUGUCACAGUUAAAAUAUGUGUAAAAUGUUUAUUGCAUAUAAAUAACUGAUAAUGUAAUGAUUAGAUGAUGAUGAGGCACUCUUUAAUGUUGCAUGCUGUAGGCUGCGAAUGAAUAAAUGUACAUGACAAAUGCAUUUUAGUGAUCUGAAAGUGGAUGAAUGUAUCGUAAGGUUGGUCUCCGUCCAAUAAACGUACGUCUUGGUAAGUGAUGCUUCUUUUACAUAAGACGGGGGAAUCAAUUUCAAAUGAAUAUUUUGCACAUUUUGAAUACAGUAAAAAACACAAUAUGGAUUCCCAUUAGAUGGUUUAUUAUUCAGUUAUGCCUGGUUAAGUAUUAUGAUUACUUUCAUACUUUUUUUCCACAUUUUCCCUCUCUGUACAACUGAGGUUUGACUGAAGCUGGGAUAUAAUUAGUAAACUAUUCCCAUUCAGACCUAUUCACCAAAAGGUCAGCUGGUAUGGCCACGCAAUCAUAGUAGGGAUUUAGCUUUUAGCUUUAGCUUCUUAAACCUCGGCAGAGGUUAUUGACCCAACACAGACAACUACUAACUGCUGUUACUUUGUGGUCUCAGGUCUCUUCCAGUGUACCAACAAGUUCUUUCUGAGUGAUCAGGCCACAGGACUGCAGAUCAAGGAGUUUGCACGUAAAAAUGCUGCUAAUGCUCUGUCAGUUGCCAACAUGGUCAUGGGCAUGGCCUCCAUUCUCAGCAGUCUUAACGGGCACCAUCAUGCUGCAUGUUGGCUGGUUCUGAUUGGCUACCUGCUGGAUUUGGCAGAUGGAGCAGUUGCCAGGCGACUCGGUGCCUGCUCUGAACUGGGUGCCAAGCUGGAUGAUUUCGCUGACUUCACGACCUUCGGGAUUGCCACAUCGUUGCUCCUAAGGACAUCGGACAUGCUGGACAACAUCCUGUGCAUGUGUUAUGUCCUAUCUGUGUUUGUCCGCCUCUGUUUCUUCACAAGCGGGAUCCCAUUCAUGUACCGCGGCCUGCCCUGCAUCUACUCCUCAGCCAUCCUGGCCAGUGCCUCUCUGCUGUCAGGAGGAAACAUGGCCAUUCUGCGGGUCAUUGCAAUGGCCAUGAUCCUCUUUAUGAUCAGUCAGAACUUCUACCCCCAUGACAGAGUGCUGGAGUCGCAGGCCUGGAAGAAAGUAGUCUACGCUGGAGGAGUCGUCAUGUUGUUCUGUUCUUCCUUCCCCCCUGCAUGUGUGUACUACCUGCUGUGGUCUGUUUCAUACAUUUUGUUCCCAACAUCCCUUUGGAGCAGUAAAGUGUAAAGGGGUUUUGGCUUUUCCCCAAACUCCUAAAUAGGUUUACCUCUGGCCCGUAUGGGUGAACUGAGGCUUCCUGCCAUGGAGGAUCCAAGCUGAACAUGCACCACAGGGGAACACUUGCUCUAUUUAACCUUUAUUUUGAUGUGACACCUCUAAGAAAGAACCCAGAUCGAAUAGAGUUAGUGAGAGGGAUGAGAGGGACAUUUUAAUGUUACUGGUAAGGAUUAACCUUCAUGCUGUUCUAUGUCUUCUGGCAGCAUUUUCACUGAAGCCAGGUGUUGACUGGCUUGUUCUAAAAACUGAAUUUUCAUCAGGUUUAUCUCCUGUAUAAUUCCUCUACUUCAGUAGUAAUCCAAUUUUUCAUCAAUGUUGUGAACACGUGGCAGCAGAGCACAUAAUAUAACCAGAAAUGAUUUCAAACAAAAUAAUCACUAUAAUUUCAAAUAUAUGUUUGCCUCUAAUUUGGUUUUUAAAAUGUUUAGUUUUAUAAUCACACAGGACAUGAUAACUCUUAUCAUGAUGUCCACAGCGUAAAGCAUACCGUAGCUUAAUGUGUAGCUGUUGGAGUGCUACGGUGUGUGGGUAAAGCCUUUCUCAGCAACAUUUUCAAGAUUCGAAACUGUUGUUUCUGGCUUAUCUAUAACACAGUAAUCGGCAUUCAUUCAACACUAUGACCAGUCUUGUGUUAAUUGACUGUUAAUGUUUGUGUCAGGGUUGGGGUCACUUCUCUUUCAUAGCAUUCAGGAUGUGGGUUUCCUUUAAAUUCCAUUUUUUCCAUUUUGUAAGUGAAACACACAAUGUUGCCGUCAUUCUAAUUAUUUGAUUUGCUGUUUGAAUGUAUGUUUUAAAUGAGUUGAAUUGAAAGUCAAUGGACCCCAACCUUGGAUUUUUGAAUUUGGGACUUAUUUUUUUUUACUUUUAGCUUUUUACCAAGUUGUGACUCUGUCCAAGAAAUGAUUUACAUAUUUCUUUAUGUGUGAUUUUAUUGGGCCAUUGUAUGUGUUUGCCUCUGUUUUAAGAGGCAUUGCAGUUUAAAUAGUAAAUCUACACUGGAUCACCAUCACAUCUCAUAGUGCUCCUCUGGCCACAGUGACAUCAGUGGUGGAUGUGAAGUCACAACAUUUAACAUGAGUAGAUGUUGCAACCCAUAAAUAGCACUGCAGCAGCAGUUUUCUGCCUCAUGUGGUUCAAUGUGAAUUUACCCUUAAAGAGCAACAACACACAGGCUGCAAAUCUUGCUUUUUCUGCCAUCUAGUGGGUAAACUUUCACCUUGCUGAAAGUUCUGCCUCCACCUUGAAGUUACUACAAGGAUGUUUUUUUAACUGGCUAUGAAAGUGUCCAUGUAAUACUGAUGCCUCUAUAAGACCUACAGAAGCUAAUGAUAAGCAAAAAGAUGAUUAUUAUUCUAAAUGUUUGUCACUUGCAGUGUUGGGCAAAUUACUUUACUGUCUCUGUAGAGUAACGGGUUACUAAUUACGUUACCACAGGAGUAUGACUAAGAUGGAAGAGGGUAAUGUUCCAUAGCGGGUAAUCAAAGCACAGAAGCUCAAGUUUAUUGCAGUUCUUUACAAAUCCAGUAGUGGGCGAUAUUGUAUAGCCUAAUGAAGGCGCUUCUCUGGAACACGACAGAAACAAAAUAAAACUUACCAAAACCAUCUUGGUCAGUCUUUCCACCAAUCCAAGAAUCACAAACUCUGGUUUCACAGAGUAAGGUGUGAAAAUAUUUAGGCUCUACACCGAUGUACUCGUAAUCGUCCAAUCACCCAACCCUAGUGGUAACACGUCACUUUAUAUUACUUUGUUUCUGGUAAAAGAAAUAUAUUACUGUAACAUACAAGUACACACGUAAGAGGUUGGUCCAAUUCCUUGCUAAAUCAGACAAAUACAAUUUAAGACACGCAGACCAGUAGAGGGUACAUUUUCCCAGGCAAAGUUUCGCAAUGAGUUGUACAUUAGCCAGCUAAAAGGAAACAGGGAGGAGGUUUUUGUUUAAUUUUGACAUUAUAUAUCAUGAUUAUGGCUGACACUGGGACAGGAUCAUAAUUUUUCUUUCACUCUCAACCAAAAUAAUUGCAUGUGCUAGCCAGAUCAAGAUUACGAUGCAAGGUGGUGGAAACGCUACCGCUUUGGUCCCCAGGGGCCGCCAAAAUCAAAACAAAAUGAAACCUCCUUGUAGUUGCUUUAAAGGUGUUUUAACACUGCACUAUAGUUGAUGUUGACUGUACUCACAAAUGUACCACUGGAACUUUAAACUCUAUGAGUGCAAGGAAGGAGAGCAAGUGUGAAGUUACUCUUACUGGAGUCAAAUUCCAUACAUGUGUACACAGUGAAGCUGAUUCUAACUUUAAAGCUGAUCUUGAUUUAACUUGGCCAGUAUUCAGUCUGAGGGACAUCACUUUUUGUAGUUCAGUCCAUUUUUAACAAGGACAUCACAUGUUGUUUUUCUGUAUUUAUGCCUCUGCACAGUGAGUGACAAAUGGGAAGAUUAUAGUCUUGUAAGACGUUGUUCAGAAUAGCACAGAAUAACAGGCAAAAACAUCUCAACCCUAAAGGCUACUGAUGCCCCCUAAUUCAAAUUUCGACUCCCUCCAUACGUUCUGAAAACUGUAAUCCUUGAAGAUGUAAUCAGAGGUGUCAAUUUAUGGAUUAUCUAAAUAAGUCUCCCUCACAGAGUCGCAAAAACUGAGCAGGCUGAGCAGAAUUUCAUAAAUCAUGAUAAUUAAUACAAAAGGUCAUGUCUUCAGGGUCUGAUAUUUAUUGAAACCCACUGUGGUUCUUGACAUGAUUUAUGAGGACCAAUGUUAUGAAGAAAAUCCACAGUGUAAAGUGCAUACGCAGACUGAACACAAAUCUAUAUUCAGCAGUGCAUUCAGCUUUCCUUUGUGGGUGUUUUGGUUUUUUAAACUAAAGCCACAGUAAUGUAUGCAUGCCAAGAGCAUUACAGAUACUAAACUUUGCCCGGUGAUAAAAUAAGACAGAAAAUGGAUAAUAAGAUAUGUGCUUUUAAGUCUGUACAUUUUUGAAAAUAAAGAGGUAGUAAUAAAAUGA